AGGCUCCUGCAGAAUUACAUCACUUCCUAAAAAACAGGCAAACACCUCUCCUUUAAGUUAGCACCGACCCAAACAAGCAGGAAACAGGAAAUGUUCACGUUUCUGCAGGGCUGAAAGUGCGACCAGCAUCAUGCUGCGGAGCGCGGACCCCCAGGCUCCCGGAGCCGCCCUCGUCGUCGCCCUGGUCAUCGCGUCCCUCCCCACCAGCCAGGAGCAGGAUGAUAUGGAGCAACCAGAACACUCAGCAGAAAUACCCCUAGAAGUGGAAAGCCAGGAUGAAGGGACUGUGACGCCAAGCGCAUUUGCUGCAGUGACCACAGAAACAUUACCUGCCAAUAUAUCAUUUCCCCUUAUUGAGGAGGAUGGAGCCCAGGCAGAGUUUAUGCUAAUGGUAUUGGUCCCAUCGAUUUUAUUGGCCCUCCUUCUUUUGUCCGUGGUAUUCCUUGUCAUACACCGCAAAAGGAAAAGGAAUAAACGAGAGCCCUCUAGCCAAGGAUCUCACAGUGCUUUGCAGACAAAUGAACUGGCAAGUGAAAACGUGAAAGUGCCUAUUUUUGAGGAAGACACACCCUCUGUUAUGGAAAUAGAAAUGGAAGAGCUUGAUAAGUGGAUGAACAGCAUGAAUAGAAAUGCCGACUAUGAAGGUUUACCUACUUUAGAGGAAGAAAAAGAACCAAACCACAACAGCCCAAGUGACAACGAAUCCUGAUCCUGAACGGUGCUAAUGUUCUCCAAGGGAAGCAGGCCCAGGGGAAGCCUGCCCAGCCUGCCAGCAGAGGAUGAAGAGGAUCCGAACGAAACUGAUUUCCAGGUCAACAUAAACAUGAGAACCUUUUGCUCCUUCUUCCAACGCCCAUCGCAGCAUCACCUGUCCCUGGAGGGAGGAAGGCGCGAUUGAGAAGUUCUAGGCAGACGACUGGCCGCCAUCUGUCGCCGAGGGUAGAGGAGCCACGAGGGGCAGUCAGCACUCAUCAUGGGGUGUUCAGGCUGUGCCAUCACCCUGGCCACGCGCUCUGAAUCCUUCUUACCUUUCUGCUUCCUUGCGGAAUAAAUCGGGAAGCUGUCUGAUUUCUGGUUUCCUCCUGGGUCCGCUUAUCAUCUAACUAGCUUUGGAUAAUUUGUCAAGUCCUCUGAUAGGUCAGUCAUGCUCGGCAGGAACUUUUCUCAAGGUGAGUGAUGUUGCCGAAGAGACAGCAAACAGAGCAAGUGUUUUAAGGUAUUGAUAAGCCCAUUUAUACCUGCCAAGGAGACCCAGUGUGAGAAAACCCAGUCCUGACAGUCAUUUGGUGACCUGGGGACCCUGAGGUGGCAGGUGAUGGAGGAUGGAAAUUGUCAGUGAAACUUGUUUUCCUUCUCAGUGAAAAUCCCCAGCUUGCUUGGAUCUCCCCACAGCCAUCCUUGUCCUCAGCACACCUCCCUGGCAUGUGACGUGUGGGUAGGGAGUGUGUACAGGUGCCCUCCCCGACCCCUCAUCACAUUCUGUGUCCCUGAGAUCUUUAAGGUCAUUUGGAAUCGGCCCUAUCUGUGCCUGUCACAGGUGGCCCUCCUCAUUCAGGGUCUCUCCUGCCAGCCCUCGUGUCCUGAACGCAGCUCCCCAGGAGGCCACACCGGCACAUUAGAGGUGACAUUCUCAGUGAUAUUUGUCGACAUCCUCGUGCUAGAGGCAAUGGCGCAAAAUACAGAAGGCCUGUUUAUCACUCCCACUGACGCAAAAUCCAUCUCCAUUUAAUCCUUAAUUUUCCAUUUCUGACCUUUAAAGCAGUCUGGCAAAUUGGGCUGUCCUCAGCUCUUCCCCAGCACCUGAUAUUUUAAUCCAGGAAAGAAACAAAGAAUGAAAAUUUUAUUUCACUCCUCGCAUAUAAACAGAGGCAGAUUGAGGUUCACCCAACAUUUGCUGCUGUAUUUGGGGGUCCUGUGUUUGAGAGGCUGCCUUGAUGCCUCACGAAAUCUGUCCUCCUUUUCAGAAUCCCUUUAACCAGGACCUGCCUUCUGAACUGUGCCGGUCAUGGUAAAGGCAGAGUUCCAAGUCAGGCAGGUCUUUCCAGCCCAAUGAAAGACAGACCUGUCUGGUUGUGUUUAACCACUGUUAUUAUACCAUCCUGGGUCUGCACAGAGCUCUGGCAAGAGACAGUCUUCAAGGUACAGAACUUCAACAGAUCUGCCGUAUUCUCUCUAGCACAUCCGAACACAACAUCUUUGUCUUCAUUGCUGUUUUGCAUAUUCAUAUUCAACUUGUGGUCCACAGUGACUGUGAGAUAGUUAUGCCAGCAUGGCCAUUUUCCACAUCAUCAUUUCUGCCUCUUUUGUCACCUUGAAUUUGUUUCUCAUCAACAUUUUGACUCGCUUCUGAAGAGUCUCUUUUUAAUCCAAGAUUUUUGGCUGAACAUUUGCACCUGGAAACCUCAUCCAACCCUAUCAAAUAAUGGACUUUAGCAAUUCAGAGACUAUGAGGGUUUUGGAAUCUCACUUUGAUGAAGCAGUAAUUUAUGAUAUGAUAAAAAUAUUCUCACUCGGUAUUUAGAAUGACUUCAAAUUUCAGAAGAAGCAGGCUUCGGCCACAUGUCAUUGAGUUUAUAUUUGAAAAAUGUACUAACCUCUGUAAUUGCACGAAUGUGUGAGGCACCUUAAAAAAAGAUAUUCUGGUAAAGACAGAUAACAUUAGUAUUGGUCAAAAUGGUCAAGGGUCAAUUCUAGAGCUCUGUAUCUUUUUAUCAUUGUCCAAUCAAUAAGCACUAUAAACUGGUGAUCAUUCUAAGAAUUAUUUUAAACCCAAACUUAAUUUUUAUGUUUCAGAUUAUUGUGAGUCAAAAAUCUUAAGAAUGGUCCCUAAUUAGGUAGCCAGUCAGAGCAAAAUCUGACCUUAGGAUAUUUUAAAGAUGUAUACAUUUUACUGUAUUUCUGUAUAUAUUAAGCAAGCUAGGUUAAAAAUGUUGCCUAGUUGAACUCCUCAGGAAACUUGUUUUAAUAAAUACAUGAAAACCUCA